AUGGAUGUGGGCCAGGAGGAGAAACAGGUCGGCUCCCCGAUCAGCGAAACAAACUCCGCUUCCGAGAGCACGGAAUCACCACCAGAGGCUCCCAAGUAUGUACCGCCAAACGGUGGAAUUCGUGCCUGGCUGUGUGUCCUGGGUGGAUUCUGCUGUCAGUUCUGUUCAUUUGGGUUUUUGAAUGCAUGCGGGAUCUUUCAACUCUACUACGAAACGGAUAUUCUGUCCAAUCAUACAUCGUCAGCAAUAUCAUGGAUUGUCACCAUUCAGAUCUUCUUGAUGUUUUCUCUUGGCCCCAUCGUGGGGGUGCUCGUUGAUAUUUUGGGACCGAGGAAAUUGAUCUUUCCUGCGUCGAUUCUCGCUCUCUUUGGCAUAUUUAUGCUCAGCUUGUGCAACAAGUAUUGGCAGAUUAUGCUUGCGCAGGGAAUUGUUUACGGUAUUGGUGCGGCGGCGACAUUCCUACCGCCACUAAUCGCUGUUGGGCAAUGGUUCUCCACGAAACGAGGACUAGCAACGGGUCUGGUUGCGAGUGGAAGCAGCCUUGGAGGUAUCAUCUUCCCUAUCGUGGUUUCAAGAUUGAUAGCCCAAGUGGGAUUCGCUUCCGCUCUUCGCUGGACUGGAUUGCUCAUGGCAUGUGUAUUGGUCAUUGGAAACCUCUGCAUUUCCGGUCCGAUUCCACCCAAAGGCAAAUCGGAUCGAAAAUUAGCAGGGGCGAAGGCUUUUAAAAGCUUAGCAUGGAUCCUAUAUUCCUCGGGCUGCUUUUUGAUGAUGUGGGGAUUGUUCGCGCCCAUCAAUUACUUACCUCUGAUGGCACUCAAGGCCGGAGCUUCGAAGAUGCUGUCAACGUACACGAUCUCCAUCGCCAAUGCAGCAUCAUUCUUCGGGAGAAUUAUCCCGGGUGCUAUUUCUGAUCGCGUGGGCCAGCUAAACGUGAUGAUCUCAGUUGCGUUCCUAUCAGGCAUUUCCAUCCUCGCAUUCUGGCUCCCGGUAUAUUUCCACCCGACGAACGCGGCAAUCAUCGCCUUUGGCGUUGUUUACGGUAUGGCCAGUGGGGGGUUUGUCAGCCUCAUGUCGCCGUGUGUGGUGACGCUCUGUGACGGUAAAUCCGAAGAGCUGGGCCCCAAACUGGGUGCAUUCAUGUUUGUGAUUGCAAUAGCGUAA